AUGUCCAUCCUCACGAUGCUGCUCCAACACCCCAAAACCAAGAAUAAGAACGGCAUUGACGUGACCAACCACAGUGGGGAAUCACCCCUUUUUGGCGCUGCGACCAGUGGCCACGCCGACGUUGUCAAGUGUCUCCUUCGUGCCAACGCCAGCCCGUACAUCAUUUCCCAUGAUGGAUCGACACUGUUGCAUGCCGCUGCAAUUGGCGGGAGCAUGAGCGUCCUUCACCAAAUCGUCCAGUGUGGCGUCAACGUUGAGGCGUGCGACGCGAUGGGGCAGACACCACUCCACAUUGCGUCCGAGAAGGAUCACGACAGUGUGGUCAAGUACCUUUUGGACAUCGACGCCAAUGUCUUUGCUAAGGAUAAGACGGACAAGACGCCGUUAAUGCUGGCGACCCACCCAAUCGUCAUCAACACCCUGCUACAGGCAGAAAAAUUGACCAAGCAAAAGGCUUCUCAGCUCUCGCAGGCCACGCUAGACCACAUCGUCACGCGUAUCUGCGGCUCGGAGGAGUUGCUGCGCCUACUUGUCCAGCGGGUUUGCGACCGCCUCGACGCCUCGGUGGGUCGACCUGUGAACACACAAGACACGAACGAGCGUGCCCAAGCCGAUAACGACAACGACGCCAGCCAAGUGCUGCUGGCCGACGACAGUGAUUCCAACGCCGCGAACGAGGCGGGCGACUCUUCUCUGCAUCUCGCUGUACAAACCAACGACCACAAGACGUUGAUGUCGCUUUUGCGAUCGCCCAGCAUCAACGUCGACGUUCGCAAUGCGGGGGGCGUGACGCCGGUGAUUCUGGCCGUCCAAAUGGGCCACCGACGCCUGGCGGCGAUGCUCCAGAAUGCCGCACACCGUGUUAUCCCGAGCGUGCCAGCCACUAACAUCAAGAUGGAGCAAUCUAGUCCAUUGUAUGGUGCCGUGUACAAGGGCAUGUUGAACGAUCGUGUCGUCGCCAUCAAAACGCCUGCCGAUGAGUCCUCCGCCCAAGCAAUCAUCCACGAGAUGGAGACCAUGCAGCAGUGCAACUCGCCGUACGUGCAACAGCUGCUCGCCGUGUCGGAUGUCAACACAUCGAGUCCUAAGCUCGUGCUCGAGUAUAUGGACGCGGGUGAUUUGCGCAGCUACCUCGACGCCAAGCGGCUCGGUGACUCCACCAAGGUCAACGUCUUACCAUUGGAAGUUGCGUGGGUCCUUGCGAAUGCGCUCGCUGACUUGCACCACAACGGUCUGCUUCACCACGACCUCGAGAGCUACAACGUACUUCUCUCGUCGACCAACUACAUUAAAGUCGCGAACCUCGGUUGCGGCCUCGAGUCGAACGCAACGACGGGCAAGAGCACACCGUACUGGACAGCACCCGAGGUGCUUGCGUCGACAAGCAAGUACAGUUUUGCCGCCGACAUUUACUCGUUUGGCGUCAUCUUGACCGAACUGGACACGCUUCAGUUGCCUUUUCACGAUACCAAAGACCUCGGGUACUGGGGUAUCAUCGAUGGCGUGCGUCUCGGCAACCUCCGUCCGACAGUGAGCGCCAACUGUCCGCAGUGGUUGCGUGACCUUGCCGACGCCUGUCUGUCGUUUGACCCGACGCAGCGUCCGUCAGCGCACAUGAUUGUCCAGUCGCUCCAAAAGCUACUCUAUCGCAGCGAGGAAGCGUUGGUGACGCAAAUCAAGAGUGAGCAAACGACCGAGUUGGCCGAGCCGAGUCCAGGUAGCCCCACGACUGCCAUAUUUGACGAGAGCCCACAGCCACCGACGAGCGAUGUGACCAGCGACGCCGAUACCGCACCGGCUGCCGUCACGCCCACAACUUUGAUUGCAUCGACAGUGUCGGCGGCGACCUCGAACACCAAGUCUGUGAGCACGCAAAUCGUGUGUCAGCUCUGCCGUGUUUCCAAUUCGCUCCUUCAGAUGCACUGCCAAGGCUGCGCGGAAGAGCUCGCUACCGUUGCGUCCAAGCUCAAAACGCUCCUCAGGCGUCUCUCGGUCGCCAAGAAGAACGGAUUGGAGAUCGACGACGAUCUUGUUUGCACCUGCUGCGACACACACCAACCGAUGGAGGCGAUGACCUGUGACAACUGCGACGAUGCACUUCCUGACGACCAAGAGAAGCUGCGUCUCCUCGUGCUACGCAUCGAGCAAGCGACCAAGUCCAAGGCCUAA